AUGGCGUCGUCCAUACCAGUGAAGGAGGAGAAGCUCGUGGAUGUGAGGCUAGGACAGCUGUCAAGCUGGAUAAUGACACAAGAUUUCACCCCUAAAGGCAUUCCUGGAGCAUUUCAAAGAGGUUACUACCAGUAUUACAACAAGUGUGUCUAUGUGAAGACAGGAGGCGUCGCUGGGAUUUCUAUGGUUCUGGCAGCAUAUAUGCUUUUCAACUACUGCUGUUGUUACAGAGAACUCAGACAGGAGCAGCUAUGCAAGCACCACUGA